AUGGUCUUCAAGUUUUAUUCUGUCGUUCUGACCGAAGAUCCCCCCGAUUUUGAACCGCAAUCGCCGCUGGCUUCUCGGACAUCAAAGAUUUGUCUGACGCUUAAUCGUGCUGGCUGCAGUUUCAUCAAAGCUGUAACAUCCCGCCAGGUCGCUGCUGGUGCUUCUCUGCGCUUGGCCAAUUCAGCUUCCAAGUUUGGUUGCUGGAGGCCGAGCGAAUCUUUCCAAUGUCCAGAGGAAGGACGCCUUAAAAGGUUUACUUUCCGCGAGCUGAAGGUCGCUACCAACAAUUUCAGUGAGACAAAGAAGGUGGGUGAGGGUGGGUUCGCUUGUGUGUACGAAGGAGUCCUGGGGGACGGCUCCGGAGUGGCAAUAAAGAGACUCAAAGAACGAUUGACGUUCCAUGCUGAAGUGAAAUUGGGGACCAUGAGCUGGCAUCGGAAUCUGAUUCCAGUUCACGGCUUUUGUCGGUCAUCAAAACAUGGAGAAUACGCCCUCGUGUACCCUUUCAUGGUGAACGGAAGCCUAGCCUCCUUCUUAAGAGGACAGUCAACAGAGAAGUCCCCACUUGAUUGGCCCACUAGGAAGAAGAUAGCAAUUGGAGCAGCGAGAGGUAUUUCCCAUUUGCAUGAUCUGAGGAUAAUUCACAGGGACAUUAAACCCCAUAAUAUACUGUUGGAUGAGGACUUCGAGGCUCGUAUCGUAGAUUUUGGGUUGGCCUUGUUCAUGGACGAGCACAAAGAGAAGCCUGUUUUCGAAGGAGAACCCAGCGGUGAAGACGCUUGUUUUACCGACUGCAUAAUGGGAACGAUUGGUUACAUAGAUGCAGAGACAGCUUUUUGGGGCAGAUAUUCUGUAAAGAGCGAUGUUUAUGGGUUUGGCAUGACGCUUCUUGAACUGAUAAGCGGUCGAAGAGCUUGCCAAACAACCUGCCUUGACGGAGACAAACUGGCGCUGCCUGAAUUGGCACGUGCCCUUCUGAAGAACGAACAGCUGGAAACGAUAAUUGAUACCGACAUGCCCGGGGGCUAUGACGGGAGUGAAGUCGAGAAAGCCAUUCGUCUGGCUCUGCUUUGCACGCAACUCGACCGCACAAGACGACCUUAUAUGGCUGAAGCAGUCCUAUUUCUCGAAGGAAUUAUUAGCUUGGAGAAAAGAUGGGAGAAGUAUGACCAGGAUGAAUUAGAGAAGUCUGUACGCGGAGGUGAAUUAUCUGGCCUAACAUAUCUCUCGACUUGGUCUGUCUCUACUUCUUGUUCAGGGGAAGAUGAAUCACCUGGUCCUAGAUGA